AUGGAGCUGCUCAGGGCGGCCCUGAACAACCCCAGCUCGGUGCAGACAUCGCAGGUGGUGCAGUAUGAGCUGGGCUACGUUGUCUGUGCCGCGGUGGCUCUGCUCUUCAUCGUGGCUGUGCCGGCAGCCGGGAUGUGCUUCUGCUACUGCCGGAGCCGCCGGCGCUGCGGGGGCCGCCUGCGUGCCCACCGGCGCUCGCUGGGCUGCCGCCGCCACUGCCUGCUGGCCUGCCUGUCCCUCACCUCCCUCGUCAUCCUGAUCAGCGUCAUCUGCGCCUUCGUCACCAGCCAGCGGGUGAAGGGGCAGAUGGAGCCGGGGCUGGGGGCCGUGCCGGCCACCCUGCGCACCCUGCGGCAGCACAUCGCCAAUGUCCCCCAGGGGGUGCAGAUGGUGGUAGACCAGUUCGAGGUGCCCCGACAGCAGAUAAACUCUGAUCUGGGUGGGCUCAGCCGGAGCGUGGGGGUCUCCAUCCAUGCACAGCUGAAGGCGAUGACCUAUGCGGCGCUGGCGGACCUGCAGGACAGGGCUGGAGACCUACAGACCUCGCUGCACCAUUUACAGAUUCUCGACAAGACGGCGCGGGCGCUGGCAUCGGCACGGGCUGAGCUGGAGCCGGUGCUGCGGGAACAGCGUCGGCGCGUGGUCACGCUGCUGGACGACCCGCGCUGCACCUCCUGUGCCAGUGUCCUGGGCAGGGCACAGAGCCUGGAGCUGGGUGCCAACUAUGGCAAGGUGCCAUCGGUGGAGAAGGUUUUGAAGGCGCUGGCUGGUCUGCCCCGAAGCGACUUUGCGGAGAUGAUUCGCCAGGGCAAUGGCACCUUCAACUCCAUCCCGGAGCUGGCUGUGGAGAGGAUGGCACAGGUCAUCCAGGAUCUGCGGGAUGAGAUGGCCCACAUGACGGAGAAGGUGCAGUCCAUCGCCAAUGGCUUCCCCCUCCCUGACUACACCCGGCCCGUCAGCGAAGCCCUGGUGAAGGCGGAGGACAGGGCCCAGCCGUACCUCCGGGAGGUGGAGCGCUUUGAGCAGUACAGGUGGAUCGCGGGGACGGUGCUGUGCUCCAUCAUCCUCCUCAUCCUCACCUGCAACGUGAUAGGGAUGGCGCUGGGGUCAUACGGGCUCUCAAAGCGGGAAGACCCAAGCGACUACGAGUGCCGAGGAGAAGCUGGCGCCAAGUUUCUCCUGGUCGGCGUGGGCCUGGCUUUCCUGUUCUCCUGGCUCCUCAUCCUCCUGGUUUUCGCCACCUUCCUGGUUGGGGGCAACAUCCAGACACUGGUUUGCAGGAAUUGGGUCAACCAGGAGAUUUAUAAGUUCAUCGACACCCCUGGGAACCUGCCUCCAUCCAUGAACCUCACCCGCCAGCUCAACCUCAGGAGGGAUUCCAACCUCAGCGCCGUAUACCGGGAGUGCAAGAGUGGUGCAGGGCUGUGGGAGGUGCUGCAGCUUGAGAGGUCCUAUGACCUGGAUGAGCAUCUAAGAACCCCCAAGUACACGGCUGAUUUCCAAAAACUCCUGGCCGACUUCACGGCGCACCUGGGUGACGUGCGGCUCCUCCGCAGCGAGGGCAGGCAGGACCUGGAGAGCUUCGCCCGCAGUGGCAUGGACGAGGUGGACUAUGGGCGCUUCCAGGAAGAGAUGAAAAAUCCCGUGGUGCAGACCAGCCUCCCUGGCUUGGCGAGGAGCCUCGAGGGGCUGCAGAAAAUGCAGAGGAAUGGCACGGUGGCAGGGCGGCUGGCCGCCGAGGCCCAGGCCCUGUGGGAGAUGCAAAACUCCACGGUGCAAUCGCAGGAGGCUUUGGUGGCAAAGCUGGGGGAAAGUGUCCAGUACCUCUCCCGCUUGGCGCCACACCUCCAGGAGCGUGUGAAGACGACACUGGCCACCACAGCCUCAGUGGAAGCCCGGUUACCUGUGCAGGCCCAGCAGAUCCUCCGGCAGGAGAUCGGCUGCUUCACGAGGAAGGAGCUGCGGUACUUCACACAGUACCUGAACUGGGUCGGGCAGACGCUGAGGGAGGAUGUGGCUUCGUGCCAGCCACUCGCCACAGCCCUGGACAAUGGGCGGGUGAUUCUGUGUGACCGCAUCGCUGACCCCUGGAAUGCUUUCUGGUUCAGCCUGGGAUGCUGCACCUUCUUCCUCAUCCCCAACAUCAUCUUCGCCAUCAGGCUCACCAAACACUUCCGCCCCAUCCGCAACCGGCUCAUCUCUACAGGUUCAGAGGAGACCUGUCCCUUCCACAUCCCCCGUGUCACAGCGCUCAAGCUCUAG